AUGUCUCAAGACUAUGGUGACGAGGACUACUAUCUUCCGUUGGAAGACCAGCGUGUUUUCGGCGCUGGAAUCCGGCGCAAAAGAGUACCUUUCGUGCGCUCUGGAGAGUUGAAUACGACGAGCUCAACUUCUUCUGCUGGCACCAACAUCGGAGACACAUACCUUUCGAUUGUCCUCAAACAACAAAGCAUGCCGAAAACAUCUCCUUCGACUCCUACAAACACAAAUGCGAAUACACCUGGGGAUAUUGUACCGCCACCCAGAACUCAUUCCGCCCCGCCAACAGCAGAGGCUAUCUCGCCUGCGCCAGCACCUGUAGCUUCUACAGAGGCCAUCAAGCUUUCACCAAAAGGACCCGAACAAACGUACUGCGACGUAUGCAACCUCCCCCUCACAGACCCACAAUCACAACCCCAACAAGAAACACUCCGUCCCCACGAAGCCUCCCUAGCCCACCAAGUCUGCCUAAAACACUCCCACCCACCCAAUCAUCUGGACCGCACCCGCGCAGGAAUGCGCUACCUAUCCACCUACGGCUGGGAUCCAGAUAGCAGACUCGGUCUCGGCGCACCUGGCCGCGAAGGUAUCCGGGAACCGCUGAAGGGCCGAAUUAAGCAUGAUACGGCGGGAUUAGGGUCUGGACUUGAUAAAGAUGGAGACCCGAUUAAGGUUCCUUUGCCGGUUAAGAAUAAGGUUGUCAAGUUGAAUGCAAAGGAGAUUAGGAGGAAGGAGGCGGAGGCUAAGAGGAGGGGGGGAGAAAAUGAGGAAUCUGUUUUUCCAGAAUGA